AUGCCUCGUCGUUCAACCCGCCUACCUCCCGACGCGCAUGCAGGCCUCCCCAAUGGUCGUGCCACCCAACACCUCUCUCUCGACACACAAACGCCGGCUAAAAGGCAAAGGCCAAGGGAAAACUCGUUUCAGAAGGAUACGGCCUCAAGCUCCACGCCCAAACGGAGCAAGUACUUUGCGCAGUUGGGCCCGGAGAGCUCAGAUGAUGAGCUCUCAGCUCCCCCGUCAGACCUAGCUUCGAGCCCCCGUUCCGCAUAUGAUCAAAGCAAUGCAGAUACAUAUAUCCCGGACAGGAUUGAGGAAGACGAAGAAGAGUCUACAAACGAUUUCGAAGAAGACAGUGAUGACUUCACCCCGAAACGCAAAGGGAAGGGAAAAGCUAGAAGCGCAAAUCGAAGGGCUAUGGGAAAAGCACAGGACAAAAAGACACCUAUUGGAAAACCACACAGAAAGGACCUAUGGAGAGAAGGGGUGCGGACCGGCUUAGGCCCGGGCAAAGAGGUUUUCAUUGAACUACCUCAAGCGAGAGACCCGGGAGAUGUUCCAUAUGAAGACGAAACGAUUCAUCCGAAUACAAUGCUGUUCCUGAAAGAUUUGAAAGCAAACAAUGACAGAGAAUGGUUGAAAAAACAUGACGCGGAUUACCGUUCCUCAAAAAAGGAUUGGGAGACGUUUGUGGAAAAGUUGACGGAAAAGAUUAUCGAGAAAGACAGUACUAUACCUGAAUUACCGGUUAAAGAUUUGGUAUUUCGUAUAUACAGAGAUGUCCGAUUCAGCAACGAUCCGACCCCCUAUAAGCCACAUUUUUCAGCGGCAUGGUCUCGAACAGGCCGCAAAGGUCCGUAUGCCGCCUAUUACGUUCAUUUAGAACCAGAGAGGUGCUUUGUCGGCUCGGGUUUAUGGAUGCCAGACGCGGCGAGAUUAAGGCUUCUAAGAGACGACGUGGACAAUCGAUCGGAGCGUAUCAAACGCGUUCUGAGCCAUCCCGAAGUGCGAAAGGAAAUCUUCGAUGGCGUUCCUGACGAAGAAAAGAAGAUAGUGAAGGCUUUCGUCAGUCAAAAUCAAGAAACCGCAUUGAAAACAAAGCCAAAGUUGCACCUUGAGCGGACUCGGUGGCCAACAGCCAGCAUUUAUCGUCACGAGGAGCAUCAAUUGGGUGGCGGAGAGACUGUCAAGGCUAUUUUGAAUGUUCUCAAGGCUUCUGGCGCCGCCAGCACGACGUUUCUGAGGCACCACAGUUGGUAUUGCAUCGACGACACCAAGUUUGGGAAUUCUGGCGUACUGGCUCAUCGCCGCGCCCAGGCCCCUGAAGCCACAAGCCCCAGCUCAGAGUUCACACUACCAGCCUUUGAUAUCUGGUUCACUAUUUUCUUUCUACCGGGUUCUUUGAUUAUUGCAACAGAGGGCUUUUGCCGCCCGCCCGGCUACAGUGCUGACAACAAGAGCAUCGAUUUACUCCGACUGCGCUCUUUCACCCUCAACAAGAAACUCGGCGAUCAGGAUCUAUUGGGUCUAGAAGCCCUGGACAGAAUUGCCAAUGUCAUUGGCAUCAUGACUCCCUUUGUCACAUAUUUGAACAGCGUCGUGAUGCCCGACCCAGAGGAAGAUGAGGAGAGUGAGGACGAUGACGGAGCCACUCCGUCCUCUUGA